UUUCACAAAUAGCCCCCAGACAAGGAGGCCUUAAAGACCCCAGGAGAGUCAGGGGUCCUCAGGCAACGUAGCUAAGCAAAUGCAUCCCUGCCGUGUUACAGUGACACUCUGUGCUUGAGCACUAGCCACAAUGGCACUAGGGUGAUCAGCAACGGAAAAGCUUUUGGGAGUGAAAGAAAAAUCCUCACGGAGGCACAUUUGUGGCAACAGUCUGAGUUUAGGAGCGAGCCUGAGGGGCUGUUUACCCAGGGCGUUAGCUCCUGGCAAGCCAGGGAGUGACUACAGUGCACCAGCUUGCUGGGCAGUAACAGCCUGUGUGGACACUGUUACAAUGCACUAACCGUUCUGUAGUGCAUGUGGACAAACAGCAAUGUCCACGUGGGACAUUACUUCAUGACAAGCUAUUGCUCAGUAGAUCUUCACCAGGGCUUGCCAUACGCUAAUGUCCUGUGUAGACAAGUCCUGAGAUCUUCACGUGUUUGAAAAUAAGAAGUGGGCUUGUGAUCAGAAAUCCUCGAGGGUCAGUGCUGGAAGGCUAUUAAUAGAUGUCCAAGAAGAGGCAGAAUGAUCCUCUCGUGUGUCAGACCAUCUCCCCAGACCCUAUCCUGGACAUCUCCACUGACAGCAUCACUACCUUGCUGGGGUCAAAGGAAAUCAUCCUGGUGAAGCCUGUCCAGCUGCAGGUCAAAUCCAAGUAUGAAGACGACAUCUUGGUUUUAACCCCCUGGAGGGCAUAUGUGCUGCAGGUGAUGCUCCCGGUCAGGGUGUGGAGCAGCUUCAGCUUCCUGGAGGUGAGAGAGAUCACGAUGCAGGAGCCCAGCCUGGUUGUCAUAGAUACAGAUACAGCCUCUUAUGCCUUCCGGCUUGUGUCACUGGACGACUUGGAGCAGGUGGUCAGCCAUAUCACCAUGUCGCUUAAGAAGGUCUUUCCAGACUCUUCCCCCGGAAAACUGCUCAAAAACUAUCCCCCCAGUUUGUUCGAGAGAAUUCAAAGAAUAACAGACUCCCUGAAGGAAACGCUGCAGAAUAACCAAGGACCGUGUGGUGGGUUUUCGGAGACAUAUGCUGCUUUAUGUGACUACAACGGCUUCACCUUCAGAGAGGAGAUCCAGUGGGACGUGGACAAUAUCUACCACAGCCAAGACUGUCGAGAGUUCAACCUGUUGGACUUCGCUCACCUAGAGAGCAGAGACGUAGCCCUUAGCAUCACGGCGCUGUCGUUUAACCUGUGGUUCACAAAGCUGUACUGUAAGGACUUCAGGCUGAAUCUGGAGAUUUCUGAACAGCUUCUGUACAUGCUCAGCAAAUCGGUGAAACUGGAGGAGCUGGUGCUGGAAAACACCGGGUUAAAAUUUGAAUUUGCCCAGAGGAUGGCCCAGGCGUUAAGAGGAAACCCGGACUCGGCUCUAAGCACCAUCAGCCUGGCUGGCAACCAGCUGGAGGACAAAGGGAUAACUGCAUUCAGCCAGCACAUCGAGAAAUGCACCAAGGGCCUGCGCAGCCUGAACUUCUCUAGGACCUCGCUGACCGCCAAAGGAGCCAGCACUUUAUGCCAGUCCCUUGCGUCUAAUGGAAUCUUCAGCACCUCACUUCAGCACCUGGAUCUCUCGGGGAAUCCUGGCAUCCUUGCCACGGACGAUGCCAGCAGCUUGCACAGCUUCCUCAGCCACGCAAACUCGGUGUCUCACCUUAACCUGGCCGGCACAGACUGUGCUUUGGAUGCACUGUUCGGAGCAUUGGCCAUCGGCUGCUGUGCCAACCUCGCCCACCUGGAUCUCUCCAAGAACGUGUACUCGCACAGAAAGCCGAGAGAUGUCCCUCCGGCCAUCAAACUGUUCUUCAGCACGGCGGCUGCCCUCCGAUACGUCGGCCUGGCGUGUGUCAAGCUACCGCCGGAGGCUGUAAGGGCCUUGCUGCAGGGGUUAGCACAUAACUCUCAGAUCAGUGACCUGCACCUGGACCUCAGUAGCUGCGAGUUGCGAUCGGCAGGUGCCCAGGUGAUCCAAGAUCUGAUUUUUGAUGCCAAUGCAAUUAGCAAUUUGGAUUUAUCAGACAAUGGCUUUGAUGCUGACAUGGUCACGUUGGUGCUGGCGAUAGGCCGAAGCAAAUCCAUUAGGCAUGUCUCCUUAGGAAAGAAUUUUAACAUCAAAUCCAAGGACAAUCUGGCCGACGUUCUCCACCGGAUUGUUCAGCUCACGCAGGAAGAUGACUGCCCUCUUCAAUCCCUGUCCGUGGCCGAAUCGCGACUGAAAUUGGGAACCAACGUCCUCCUGAACGCACUGGGCAGUAACACCAGCCUCAGCACGCUGGACAUCAGCGGGAACACCACUGGCGACACCGGAGCCAAGAUGCUGGCCAAAGCCUUGCAGCUCAACACACAACUCAGGACAGUAAUUUGGGACAGAAACAACACCACGGCCCAUGGAUUCCUUGAUGUUGCCCGUGCUUUGGAAAGGAAUUACACCCUGCGGUCCAUGCCGUUGCCAGUGAGUGACGUGACUCAGGCUUAUCGGAGCAAUCCGGAGAAGACGGAGGAGGCUGUCCACAAGAUGCAGUCUUUCCUGGCGAGGAAUCAGAUGCGGCGGACCCUGCCUAAGCAAACCUUCCGGCUGCAGCAGGGAAUCGUCACCAGCUCCUCGGAACAGAUGGUGAAUGAGAUGUGCACCAGCCUACAGAAGCAUGUCGAUGCCCUGAGUGCCCGUCUGGGCCGAGAGGUGGAAGCCAGUGUCCUCUGUGCAGAAGAAGCCAUUCGGGAAGCAAACUUGUCCAUCAGCCUUUUGCCACUCCUAUACGAGACUGGGAACGCCCCGUACCAGAACUGCCAGCUGCAGCACAAGCUGGAAUGCCUCACUGAAGCAGCCUCGCAGGCCUGCAGCCGGGAGAUCCAGGCUAUUAUGCAGGCCGUGCUGGAUACCACCCAGAAUCUGUGUCCUACAGUUCUGCAGAAGAGUGGCGUUCGGGACCGGCUGGUCCACACGAUCUCUGAGCGAAUCAUCCUUCAGGACCACCUCCACCUGAGCGCCGUCCUGGACCAGCUGGUUACCGAUGUGUUCAGCAAGCUAACCGAAAUCAGGCUGUCUGUCAUUGCGGCCGUGGCUGACGGGCUGAUCGACGAGGUGCUGGAGGACCUGACAAGUGCUCGGUGCCGGCUGACAGACAAUACUGAGGAGGAGCAUUUUCUGCUGAAGAAGAGCAGGACUCUGCUGGCUGUUGCUGAGCAAGGCUUUGCAGCUGAGGAGUAUAAGAUGGCUCUGAGGAGGAAAAACAAGCACUUCAGGAGCAUCCGGCCUACGCCUGCCAUGAGAAGUCCAUCGGAGCUCGAUCUUCAGGCAGAGGCAGAAGAUAACGAGAUUGGAACUCACCAGGCUCUGCUGUCAGUCAGCUGUGCCUCUCUGAAGUCACGCCCUGCCUCCACAAAGGAUGCUGAGACUGGAAGCAGCUUGCUUCCUUUCCCAGAGCCUGCACCCACACAAUCCCUUAUGGACCUGCCAACUGAGGGAGAGAAACUGGAGCACUACACCCGAGCUAGGCCGCGGCCCAACCGCAGGAACAGGCAGCCUCCAAGCAAGCCACAUGUCCAGCCCGCCCCCUCGGAGAAUGACGAGGACAGAAGCAUUACUUGCGUGGACGAAGGGCUAGAGGAGUUCUUUACCAAGAAGCUGAUCCAAGAGGAACCGCCCCCAGCCUCCCGGGGGAUCUCGUCUGGCUCAACCCCCCUUGCGCCGUCUGGCACCCGGACUUUCAAGAAGAAAAUAGGAAACUUCUUUGCGUUCAAGAAGCCGAAGUCCAGCCGGGGCUGGAAGUGCGAGAAGGAGCCGGAGGGCAGCCCCUCGGCAGCCAAGGGCAGGAAGUCCACGCGCGGUGACAUUUCAAAGCCUCCCAGUAAGGCAGGGGAGCCUGGGAAGGCGCUGAGCAAAUCCGAAGAGGGUGGGCUUGCCGUGGAGCCCAGGGCCAGUGCAGAGCCCAGCCAGACCCCCGAUGCUGCCCACAGGCUCAGGCCCAAGUACGCCCGAGAGGGCAAGUCACAGUCGCUCAUACUCCUGUCUGGCGAGGACGAAGAGGCCUUAGGAGUGAAACAUGAAAAGAGGCGGCACCUUGAGAAGAGCGACGGGGAGAUCCCCAGCUCCUUUGAGCAGCGCGUCCACGUUAUGCUGCACCGGAUCGGGGUCACCAAAGUCCUGUCCUCCGAGGGGAAGAAGAAGCAGAGUAAAGAAGGAGAGAUCAAAAAAGCUGGUUCAGACGGAGACAUCAUGGACAGCGCAGCGGGCUCCCCUCCCCUUGUCUUGAAAUCUCGCACACACUCCAUGUCCACAGAGCCGUCUGCGCGAAGCGGCCCUGCCGACGCAGGGGGCCGAGCUGCGGCCGAGCCCAGCCGCGGGCCCAGCGACGUGCGGCUCUCCUGGAAGGCCCUGGGGAAGCAGCUGAAUGCCGAGCUCAAGGGCAGGUGUUCUGAACUCCAUUCUUCCCCCAGGCGCGCCUUUGUCCUUCAAGAGCAGAGCAGCCCCGCGGAGCAGCAGGUCCGAGAGAGCUGGAGCAGCACCUUGCCCCGGCCCGGGAGGCGCACGCCUGCCCCUGCGCCACGGAGAAUCAGCAACGCAGGCGCUAGCAGGGACAGCGUGGAUGCAGUCGCUGCAGACAAUUGCCUGAAACCCAAGCCUCGUCUGAAAAAUGUGGCCACCAGGCGUGCCAUUUCCGUUCACGAAGAACAGCUCAGGGAGCAGGGCUGCACGGCCGCUCUGGAGAGUGUAAAAAUCCCCCUGCGCCUGCAGCGCUCGCCAGUCCUGAAACGGAAGCCUAAGCCCAACUCCGUGGUGGACGUGGCGGGGAGCAGCACGCCCAGCGCCCCGGCAGCACUGCAGGACACGCUGCCACAGGACGAGCACAGGGCCACAGCCGAACUGCAGGGGGAGCAGCCGCAAGCCGUGGAGCCACCGGUUGAAAAUGCACCGAACAGCCAUACACCAAAGAGCAGCGGCUCCAGGCCUGCCAGCAGCCCCCCAGGGACAAUGAGUUAGUGGGGGCUGCGGCCCGCUGUCAUUUCCAAUAAAACACUGCGACCGAGUGCAAGCUGAAGGGUUAUGAUUUGCAACAGCAGCUCAAGCACCUGUGGGGAGAUGGGGGAGGAAGCCCCCAGCCUGUUCCCCCUCCCUUCGCUGCUCCCAGGUGUAGAACACCAGGGCUUCCUAUGGAAACGGGGACAGACCGGGGCCUGCUACCACUUCCUGACCGAUCUACGAGAGGACCCCCUUUCCAGCUCCCAUUACCCUCCGCUGGUCUCAUACUGCGCCCAGCUGGCUUUACACAAGCUCCAGCUGGCUAAAACCGAGCUGUCAAAAGCCAGUAGCUGGCUGCCACCAGCCUAAGCUUUUCCUGGAGCAUGUGGCUCUUUGGAUGCAUGCACAGCUAUUAAGUAUGCAGCAACAGCAGGCGUGGGCCAGUGGCUUGGGCGUGUUUGCCAUACAUGGGGACUUGCCUUGCAUUGUACAGUCCCAGAGCAACAGGGCUGAAUUAGGUGAUUUGCAGGCAGGGUGUGGCACUCGCAUCCAAACCUACUCAAUACAGAACAAUCUGCCUCUUCUGGGGGCCAGAAUGGGUCGUUCCCCUCCAACCAUUAGUCUGGGUGCAGGCCAUCGGCUUGGUUUAACCUGUCUCCACGAUCCUGCCGAUCUUACUCAAGCAGAUCCUCCACUGCCAGCAACAGGAGUUUGGGCUGAAGGGACAGCCCUGUGCUCUGUGCACGAUGGCCCCGUGCUCUGCGCUGCUCCACCGUGGCAGGCUGGAAAGUCUGUGGCACCACUCAGUCAGUUGAAAAAACAAAUCUGGAGGGUUUGAUUAAAAUGUGAACAUGACUAAUCGAAGCAGUGCAGCUCCCUGUGGUGUUGCUCCUGCUGCUGCAUGUAUUUCAGGCUGCCCCAUCAUUUCAGUGUGCUGCAGAACUGGGUACUGAAACUGAGCAACUGCUGGGAAGGCAGCAGCAGGUUUAAGGCA